CAACCCAAACCAGUCAAGACGGGCCACGUCGUAUUCCGCCGCCCAGCAGUGCGAACGAUAGUCCACCUCCACCAGUACUACCACCAACCAAAACCUCCACUCUUCCUCCCACCAAGGCACCAACCCGACGCAAAGCCGCCGGCUUUCCCCGAUGGCGACGGCGAUGUCAGUUUCGGCGGUGUCCCCGCCCGCCGCGGCGGUCACGCGGCCGCGGACGAUGGUCUGCGUGCCGGCGACGGCGCGGGCGCCGCGGGAGAUGGCGGCGGAGCUGGCCGCCGCCGCCGCGCUCGGCGCUGACGUGGCGGAGCUUCGCCUCGACUGCCUCGCCGGGUUCGCGCCGCGCAGGGACCUGCCCGUCAUCCUCGCCAAGCCCCGCCCGCUCCCCGCCCUCGUCACCUACAGGCCCAAGUGGGAAGGAGGCGAAUACGAAGGCGAUGACGAAUCACGGUUUGAGGCUCUGCUAUUGGCAAUGGAGCUGGGAGCUGAAUAUGUGGAUGUCGAGCUUAAGGUGGCUGACAAAUUUAUGAAACUUAUUUCUGGGAGGAAACCUGAUAACUGUAAACUUAUAGUUUCAUCCCACAACUAUGAGACCACUCCAUCGUCCGAGGAACUUGCAAAUUUGGUGGCUCAGAUUCAAGCAACGGGGGCUGAUAUCGUGAAAAUAGCUACAACCGCUACUGAAAUUGUUGAUGUGGCAAAAAUGUUUCAAAUACUUGUUCACUGCCAGGUGCCAAUCAUUGGGCUGGUGAUGAACGACAGAGGUUUUAUUUCUCGGGUUCUUUGCCCAAAAUAUGGUGGAUUCCUUACUUUUGGGUCACUCAAGAAAGGAAAAGAGUCUGCACCUGCACAGCCAACUGCUGCAGACUUGAUAAAUCUGUACAAUAUUAGGCAGAUAGGGCCAGACACUAAGGUCUUUGGUAUAAUUGGUAAACCAGUUGGCCAUAGCAAAAGCCCAAUUUUGCAUAAUGAAGCUUUCAGAUCUGUGGGUUUCAACGCUGUGUAUGUGCCAUUUUUGGUGGAUGACUUGGCUAAAUUUCUUGAUACAUACUCUUCACCAGACUUUGCUGGCUUCAGUUGCACAAUUCCACACAAAGAAGCUGCUGUUAGGUGCUGUGACGAGGUCGAUCCCGUUGCCAGGGACAUUGGAGCUGUUAACACAAUUGUUAGAAGACCUGAUGGAAAGCUUGUUGGCUAUAAUACUGACUAUGUUGGUGCUAUAUCUGCUAUUGAGGAUGGAAUAAAAGCAUCAGAAUCAGAACCAACAGAUCCAGACAAAUCACCACUGGCUGGAAGGCUUUUUGUUGUUAUAGGGGCUGGUGGUGCGGGAAAAGCACUAGCAUAUGGGGCAAAAGAGAAAGGAGCAAGAGUUGUAAUUGCAAACCGUACCUUUGCACGAGCACAAGAACUUGCCAACUUAAUUGGUGGGCCUGCAUUGACUCUUGCGGAUUUGGAAAACUACCAUCCAGAGGAAGGGAUGAUUCUUGCAAAUACAACAGCCAUUGGAAUGCAUCCAAAUGUGAAUGAAACUCCUCUAUCUAAGCAAGCACUCAGAUCUUAUGCUGUUGUGUUUGAUGCGGUCUACACACCAAAAGAGACCAGACUUCUCCGAGAAGCUGCAGAAUGUGGAGCCACAGUUGUUAGUGGUCUGGAGAUGUUUAUACGCCAAGCUAUGGGCCAGUUUGAGCAUUUCACGGGCAUGCCAGCUCCAGAUAGCUUGAUGCGUGAUAUUGUUCUGACAAAGACAUAGUGAGGUUUGUCCAAAGAGCAAGCUUCCCUUCCAUCGUAAUUUCUGCGCAAUUGAUUCCAGUUGUGUCCCCUCCUCGUCCUUCCCGCAUCUUCCUCAACCUGUAGAAUCCACAUUUUUUUUUAUCUCAGGUGUGGACAUAGGUUUCAUCUUAUAACAUGUUUCUUAUUACCUACCAAGAUUCAGUUUCAUUCUCUUUGAAGUAUUUGAAUGUUGUUUAUUCAGCAAACAAUACACCAUUUCAACAAUGUUUAAGAGUUCUUACUCCUCUCAUCAAGGCUGCAAGGAUUGUUAGAUCUUUGAUUUGUGCAAACAGUGUGUGACGCAGUCAGUUUUACGUGGCCAAAGUAUGCGCAUCCACUGACUAAUCAUAAUGAAUGGCAGCUACUUCUACUUAAUAGUUCUUCCCUUACUUUCAGUGGACGAUUACAAAUUCCGAGCAAUUGCAAGUUCAUUGGACAAUCCUAACACCAUGAAGCCUCGUCUGUGAGAGAUUCAUCCAUGCCCACAAACUUCCUUGUUUUUCCUUUUUAGAUUCGGAUUCAGUGAUCAGUUUGCCUCUCAGCCAUUGUAAAUUAAUUUGAUGUUCCGAGCUGAAACAUUUUGGUGUGCCUUAUUUGUAUCAGCAUGAACAGCAGUCAUCGUGGGUUUGAAUCAGUCUCUUAGCAUUUGCGUUCCAA